GCGAAAAAGCAGCAGCAGCAUCCAUUGCGUUCAACCCCCACCGUUUUCCGUCUCCUCAUAUCAAUUACAAUUCAUAUUGUACUCAUAACUAUUAUUCCAUAUUAUUCUUCAUCGUAUUGGCACGCUGCCAGAAUUGUUCCUCAUUCGAAUAUUUGUAACUCGCAAUUUCUGAAAGUCGAAAAAAGAUUUCGGAUCCUUCAGAACAAUUACGCCGAACUUUAUACGUGGAUGUAUGGACUUUGUGCUGCUACUUGUUCUUCUAGUAGGCACGGUCCAAGUGAGGGGGAAAGUGUUCGAUGGACGAGUAGAUGGACAAAAAAUAGAGACCGACACAAAAGUUUUCGAGAUCGACAAAAAGAAGCUACAACAUUAUUGGCAAUACGCAACCACAAUGGCACUGAUCAAAGCACAUACACGUGCAAAUUUGGAGAACCUACCUCAAAUCGAGCGGAUUGUCUUCGAAGAAUGUGUUGGAGACUCUGCAACAGUUGUGGCUGUAGCGAAAUGUUCCGUAAAAGUUCUAGAUGCAAAAGAAAAUGCAAAACUGUUCACAACAACUAGAUCACCACCGCGAUUAUCAUUUCACAAUAUUCCACGUCCCCUCAUCAAGCAACUUUACGUUUCUCCAUCUCGAAAAUACGUGGAGAAAAACUACGAAAUACCGCCAAGUAGUCAGAAAGCAACUUCUUCCAAUCUAUACUACAGCAGUGUUCACCAUUUAUGGGUUCAAAACCCAAUAAGACAGCAAAAACAAUCGAGAAGAUUCAAAAGAGCUGACGAUAUCAUGGAAGCAUAUGAUUUGUUUCUGGAAGAGCAGAGGAAUUUGAAAAAGUCUGAAAACGCUUUGAAAAAAAUCAUUGAAGACCCUGUGGAGCGAAAUAUGUUUGGGUUGCCAAGGCAUAUGUCUAUGCCAAGAUCAAAAAGAAGUGCAUCAGAGCCAGUCCAAGAAGAUGACUCUAAAAACACAUCGGGACCAGUAGUUGACAUACCAAAGCUGGCUUCAAAGUAUUUCCAAAGAAUAGUUGGUGGUUCCACUGGGCAACAUGAUCACUUGGAUAAUAUUCGCCGUAUUCGAAACCAUUAUCGUCGUGUCGAAAAAUGCAAUGGUUAUUUUAAGCUGAUGAAUGACGAAAACAAAAAAGUAUUUGAUCAAAUGAAGCUGAAAAUCAAUAGUGAGGCUCCAAAAAUCGAUAACGAAAACGACGCGUUCCAAAAAAUAGUGGAUAUCAUAAACCAAUUUUCGGCAUCUGAAAUAGCUCAAAAGAAGUUCUCCUUUCUAUCGCCUAGAAUAUUAUCAAUUAUGCCUGAAGGAAAACCAAAAAAUCGUUUCCUCUCUCCGACACUGUUGUCAUUCCAGAAGGAUGGAUUCUUUUCAUUGCCAGAUUUAUUCGAGAUAGUUUCAUCCAAUCAGCGAUAUCAACAAUUAAUGUUAGACGCCAUUCUUGAUCUAAGCGGAGCUGGAACUGCCAUGGACAAUUUAAUCGCCAGAAUAGAACCAGAAAUGCAGUUUAUGGAAGAGGUUCAAUAUCCCAUGGUUCAACAAUUGAGCAAAAACGAUAUAAAUUGGCUCAAAGCCAGGCAACUAUUUUCCUCCGACCAAGCUUCUGAGUAUAAAAAAUAUGGAUUCGCUCAUUUGAAUGAGGAGCAAGUCAAGCUUGUCUAUGCUGAUAACCCAACAAGCUACUUGCCCAUCGCCAAUAUGACCAGAGAAGAAAGAGAUACUAGGAUAGAAGAUGCAAUUCGAAAACUGGCAACGGAAGGACGGCCGCAGUGGCCGUUCUGGAACAAACCUCAGAAACGUGUCAAACGAGCAGGCGGUGGUGGUGAUGGUGAUGCACAUCCAGUCAUUCCAAAUUAUCCAGAGGGAGAACACAUUGGUGAUGUGGAAUAUUUAGUAUUAAAGCCCCAUGCCUUUGCCAACCUCAUCAACUUCGGAGUGUCAAUGGAAGCUAUGGUACUGUCACCUCAUGCCUUUGUAUCGGAGAUUUUACGCCCGGAAGCUUUGAAGCUUGACGUUCUCUCUCCUCGAGCAUUUAUUGCAACAGUUUUGUCACCAUCUGCGUUAAUUGCACGAAUACUUUCCCCGACAGCUUUCCGUGCGGAAGUUCUCUCUCCAAGAGCAUUGACAGCAUGGGUUCUCUCGCCAGAAGCUUUGAUUGCUGAAGUACUGACUCCUAGAUUCCUUGAGCCAAGAGUUCUCUCUCCCGAGGCGUUGGUCAUCGAUGUGCUCAGUCCAGGAAUUCUUGCUCCACACGUGCUAUCCUCCGAAGCAAUUGGUGUGAUGAUUCUGAGUCCAAAUAUUUUAUCACCUAGAGUUGCCAGUGAUGAAAAAUUUUUAGUAGAGGUAUUAUCUCCCCACAUCCUGGGUGGCCCUCAUAGUCAUGAAGAGGAACAUAGCAACAUUGAAAUCGGAUCAGGCUCCCAUGAAGCUCACGCGCAUAGUGCAACUGAGCACGGAGCUCAUAACCACUCAGAACAUCAUCAGCUUCAUCGCUCAAUUUUCCAUCAUGGAGCACCAACUUCAAUAAGGUCUCAGGCCCAAGUUCCGCAUAAUCCAUUUUUACAAAGAUAGGUUUAACCUAACCCCUAAUGUUGUACGUUUUGUAUUAUUGUUUUAUUCUUAUUCAGUUUUCAUUUUCUGUUUCCGGUUUCGCUUUCAAACUCUCUCAAACCGCUUCAAAUUAUCAGGUACAAAAAACAAUUGCCCCUUCAACUAGGACAGUACAAUUUUUUCUAUUUCAUGACCCUAAUGUAACUGCUUUCUCCACUCCACAAAACAAUGAUUUUGUGACUUUUUGACAAAAUAAUGACACUUGUUUAACGUUUUACACUUUACAUCCCCCAUCUCCUGCUAUUUUGUUUUCUAAACCGGUUCGUUCAUUUUUGCUUUCGCGCUGCUUUAUUUGUUUCAAUUUGAUUGCUUAUGGGUUGUCACUGAAAUGCUCUUAUUCUUCAAUGGAGCUCAAUAUUUUCUGAAAAUAAAUUAUUUCAUUCA